ACUUUGCGAAAUAGCGUUAGUAUACUUCCUUUGUGUGGCGCGGAGUACAGUCGUCAGCUCAAAGCUAAUCUGCUGUUUUUAAAAAAGAUUUGUUAGCUUUAUAUCAGCAUAAUAUCCGUCUGGAGAUCGAUAUAAGUGUGAUUGAAGACUGUCACAUACCUGUCCGUCACGAUUACAGACCAUUGAAGCAUCCGAGUCGUCACCAUGGCGCUAAGACGAGGACAUAUCAGGUACCUGAAGGUGUGUGAGGUUCAGUCCUCCCAGAGUGAUGUCAGAGACAGCCAACACGUGAAAGGAGCUGCUGGAAAGGAGUUGUAUGAUAACGGGUACGAGCAGAUGAUGGAGGACGAUGAUGCACGGACAAACCUGAUUGUGAACUACUUGCCACAGAGCAUGAGUCAGGACGAGCUGCGGAGUCUGUUCAGCAGCGUUGGCGACGUCGAGUCCGCCAAACUCAUCAGGGACAAAGUGGCAGGCCACAGUUUAGGUUACGGCUUUGUUAACUUUGUUAACCCUAAUGAUGCAGAGAGGGCUAUCAGUACCCUCAAUGGCCUGAGGCUACAGUCUAAAACUAUCAAGGUGUCUUUCGCGCGACCAAGUUCGGAUAUGAUCAAAGAUGCUAAUCUAUACAUCAGCGGGCUGCCACGGACGCUAAGUCAGCAGGACCUGGAGGACAUGUUUAGUCGCUACGGCCACAUCAUCAACUCCAGAGUGCUGGUGGACCAGGCCUCUGACUCUCUAGGUCUGUCACGGGGCGUUGCCUUCAUCCGGUUUGAUAAGCGCUCCGAGGCCGAAGACGCUGUCAAACACCUGAAUGGGCACACGCCCCCGGGCAGCUCUGAGCCAAUCACGGUGAAGUUUGCUGCCAACCCGAAUCAGGCCCGUAACUCCCAGAUGAUGUCACAGAUGUACCACGGCCAAUCACGGCGCUUUGGAGGACCUGUCCAUCACCAGGCCCAGAGGUUCAGGUUUUCCCCAAUGAGCGUUGACCACAUGGGCAGUGGGGGCGGAGUCUCUGGGAACGCAUCCAGCGGUUGGUGCAUCUUUAUCUAUAAUCUGGGUCAGGAUGCGGACGAGGCCAUCCUGUGGCAGAUGUUCGGGCCAUUCGGCGCCGUCGUCAAUGUGAAGGUGAUCCGAGACUUCAAUACCAACAAGUGCAAAGGUUUCGGCUUCGUUACCAUGACAAACUACGAGGAGGCUGCCAUGGCGAUCCACAGCUUGAAUGGGUACCGACUGGGAGACAAAGUCCUGCAAGUCUCCUUCAAGACCAGCAAGGGACACAAGUAGAGAGUAGAGCAGGAAGGAGUGUUGAGUCUCUAACGAGGAAACGAGUCAGACAAGUUUUGUUUUGUUUUUUUUUGUAGUAGUCAGUCGAGCCGAACAGUUUCAGGAAAUUGAGUUUUUGCGUUUGUGUUGAUGUAAGUUUAUUUUUUUCCCAGCAUGCUCAGUUUCUUUCAGGCUGUACGAAAUCACUUGUUCACGUUGAUGACAUCAGUAGAGUUUGGAUUGUGGUCCAUGUGUUUGAAACUACAGAAACAUGUGGAGUCACUGUAGGUUGUUUGUUUUAAACAAAGAGAAGCAGUUUGUUCUUCUGCAGAUGUUAUUAACAUAUAUCACAUAUAUAAUUAUUAAAGCUUUAUGUCACAUAUUUGGAUUAUGUAAAACAAAAGAGUUAAACUCUCUAUCAGGUGACUGAUACUGAUUUCUCAGCCAAUCUGCAAAGAGGAGGCAGGGCUUGCAGUUUCUUUUUGAGCAGAGAUUUUAUUUUUUUUAAACAGCUUCCUGACGUACAGAAACUUCUUGCGUACUGACCCUUUUUUCAUUUGUAUUUAGUUUCUGAAUUGCAGCUGAUUGUGAUGUGGAACUGGUUGUUCAUUAAUAAAUCUGUUUAUGGAAAACUUC